UUCAUGAAAAAGUCGAGUGUUAGUUUGUUCUCCCACACUCUCUCACAAAAUGACUCAAGCGAUGCUGACUGUUCAGAAUUUCGAGGAAAGCAUCGGUGAUAAACUGAUACGGAAAGCGCGGGAAUAUCCUUUCGUACCUAUCGGUCUUGCAGGAUUGGCAAUCGUGUGUGGAAUCGGAGUCUACAAAUUUAGGAAUCGUGGAUUGAUUCCCUCUUCGGUGUAUCUCAUGCAGCUUCGUGUCGCUGCCCAAGGGACGAUGGUGGCUGCUCUUAUGGUAGGACUGGGAGGCACCAUGGUCAAUGAGUACUUAUUUGGAGCCGCCAGAAGCGAGAAACCGAGAUCCUUCGAAAUGACACAACGUGAUCAUUUGCUGAUGGAGUCACUUAUGGGUGUAUUUUAGUGAGUGUGGAUAGGCGCUGCCUAUGAAACCUGUCUAUCACUUUGAAGUGUCGCACCAGCUCAUAAAUCGAAAGACUUCGAUUUGAUUAAAGAUUUUCCAAACAGCGCUCGAGAAAACGAAUUGUUUUCAUCAGCAAGCCGAAGUUAUGUUUUAUGGUUUCGCGAAGUACUGAUUGGAAUGAAUCAAACUGACCAAAGCGAGCAACUGACGAAAAAAAAGUAGAAAUCAACUUGUUUCAAGGUUGAACUCGUCAAUGGAAGCCAUACCAUUAAAGUAAUUAGUGUGAGUUUUUCUAUAAAUUCAUAUUGUAAAACAUUUUAGUGUUCAAAAAGGCACAUGUGUUGAUGCAACAAUAAACGCACACAAUAAAGGACACAUAAUGAAGUU